AUGGACUUUGAUUUCAGGCUAGGGAAGCCAUUCGUCCCUCCACCUAUCACUCUGAAGCAAAUACAUGACGCCGUCCCGAAACAUCUCCUACGCAAAGACCCAUGGCGAUCCACAUACUUCUGUAUCCGGGACGUCUCCUUUUGCGGACUUUUUUUCUACUUUGGGCUGUCGAUCGAGCGUAUUCUGCGUAGCGAGUUUGGGGGGUACCUUCCUUUAACAGCUGCCUGGCAGGUGAAAUUGGGCAGAGCGCUGCUGUGGAUGGCGUAUUGGUGGUGGCAAGGCCUUUCGUUUGCAAGCUUUUUUUGUCUUGCUCAUGAGUUUGGUCACCAAACGCUGUAUCACAACAAAUAUGUCAACGAUAUACUGGGAUACUUCUUCCACGCCGCAAUCCUUGCCCCGUUCUUUGCUUGGAAGGCAAGUCAUAAUGCACACCAUCGCACGGUCGCGUCCAUCGAACGAGAUGAGAAUUAUGUGCCGUACGAAAGGAGCUACUAUCAGCUGCCGCCGAAGGAGCGUGCGACCACAGCAGACUACCUCGAGGUUCUGGACGAGACUCCCAUCUUAACGAUGGGACGGCUGCUGAUAAUGCAAUGCGUUGGCUGGUGGCUGUAUAUGACGACCAACGCUAUGGGUUCUAGGAGAUACCCUAAAGGCACAAACCAUUUCUCCCCUUACUCGUCUCUCUUCCGCCCUGAGGAGCGGCUGGGCAUUGUGUUAUCCGACAUUGGUCUGAUCGGAAUGGGCUCGAUUCUGUACUACGCAUCCAAGCUUUACGGCGGAAAGGCGGUUCUCAUGUACUACUUCAUCCCAUAUGUGGUACGCGGCGUGUUUUUCUGGGCUCGCUAUGUAACCAUUGGAUUGGUGCUUAUGCUCACGUAUCUGCACCAUUCGGACCCAACCAUCCCACAUUACCGUAAGGAGCAGUGGUCCUGGGUGCGCGGAGCGGCGGCGACAGUCGACCGGCCUUUGCUCGGCUGGAUGGGGCGGUUUUUCCUGCAUAAUGUAUCGCACGACCAUGUAGCGCACCAUUUCUUCUCAUAUGCGCCGUUCUAUAAUCAGCCGGAGAUUACGAAGUGUAUCCGGGGGGUCUUGAAAGACCAUUACAACUACGACUCAACGAAUUCGUUCUACGCCCUCUACCGCUCUUUCACGCAGUGUAUGUUCAUUGAGGAAGAGGGUGCGAUUGUGUUUUACAAGAACAAACAUGGACAGGCAGCCCGGGAAGUGGCGGAAGACCAGUUGAAAAUCAUUGACGAGCGGUGGAAAGCAGAGGAUGGAAGACUGCAGUGCUGCCAUGAAUCAGUGAGCGGCUUCUAG